CACAUUAAAACCAAUCAUUAAAAAACAUGAGUGGUUUGAGUUGUUCUACACUGAGGAGCGAGUCAAGUUUGAUUGUAAAAUGUCAGGAGUAGGUUGGGAAUACCGUUGGCAUAAAGACUCAAAGCCUCUGAUCGCAAAUUCAGAAUUGACCAUUGACGCAGUAUCUCUGACUGACACUGGUGACUAUCACUGCAAAGCACAGAGAGGAGACUUCUCAGUGGACAGUGAGACUCUACAAGUGCGAGUUCAAGCUUGUCCACCAGCAUUUCUGAGUCUGAAGACUGAACUGAGUGACAUCAUGACCGGGGAUGUGACUCUCAGGUGUAACGUCUCAGACGGCAGACAGUGGAACUACACCUGGUUCAUGAACGGACAGCAGCUCAAUGGAUCCUCAGAUGUACUCAAAGUGACAGGAAAUGAAGAAACUAUCAAAAGUGAAUUCAAGUGCAAGGGAAUAAACACAGAGAGACCGCUGUACUCUGCUCUGAGUGACGGCUUCGUAGCCAAUUAUAUUUUAUUUAAAAGGAAUAUACUGCUGGCCAUCUCAGGAUGUCUUGUCUGUUGUAUUGUUAUCCUGAUCAUUGGAUGCAUCAUUCUAAAAAUCACCCAUAAACCAGAGGUAAAAGAAACUCCAGAGGAUUUGUUUUUCUCAAUGACAGACUCCAAGAACCAAAUUAUUUCACCCAUGAAAGAGUACAUGAACAACAGACAAACAGAGCUGGAGGAAUCUCAGGAAAAAGCAGAACUAAUCUCUGACUGUGCGUCAGCUGUUCACGAGGACAGUGUGAUUAAAGAAUCUCAGGAAAAAGCAGAACUAAUCUCUGACUGUGCGUCAGCUGUUCAUGAGGACAGUGUGAUUAAAGAUGAAGAGACAUCCGCAUCAGUAGCCAAUGGCCUGACAUCAUUCAAAGGACUCUGAAUCAUUUCACCAGAAAUCAACAUGCACUGAGGCACAGCUAAAUGAUAUAUGAUUAUUUUAAAAUGACAGCAUUAGUACAGCACUUUGUCUAACAGGAGCGGCACUUUUGUAUAAUUUAGUUUUAUAAUCUGAAAACCAGCAAAAAAAAAAAAAAAAAAAAAAAAUUAGAACUGAACUGCAGUGUUGUAGAGACCUACUGUUGUAAAUGAAGACAGUGAUUGUAUGGGGAGAUGAAUAACGGACGGUAAGAAAUUACAGU